AGGAAGUCUGUCUACUCGCAGUUUGCCGUCUGUCACCAAAGUCGUUUCGUUGUUUCCACAAGAUGGCGGCUGGGGUCUGUCGUCACUCGCUCCUUUCACGUCUCUCACUCAUUGCUGUCGUCGUCGCUCACUGUCUCCGCGCUGAAGAUGGUACUUUCAGAGAAGUAAAUAUUCUUCAAAAUGUCCGCCAGGUGGCGUGCCAACACCCAAUGAAUGGUCUCGUGGCGCUGACACUCCAGGAGGCAGCAAACACCAGAAGAACUGUGGUGACCAACCCACGUCUGAAAAGUUGUGUUGGAAACAUCACCUACCAUGGUUGUUUUUUCAAGGACACAGCUGUGGAGGUGAAGGUCCUUAUUGACGUCCCACAGGAGGAGCUCACCACAUUCAUCUGCACCGCAACAAUUGAUAGUCAACAUGGCACUGACAUCAAAACUGUUGGAUCUGUGAAUGUCACCAAUACAGAUAAACCUUUGGACAGUAAGUCAUCAAGUGACGAGUCUGUAGACAAACACGGUAAGAAACUUCAAAACCAUCAAACCAGUCAAGAAGAAUGUGCUGGGAACUCGACUGCUGGCUUAACCGUCGUCGUUGUCCUCACUGUCAUCUUUGGUGUCAUCAGUAUCGUCCUGUGUGUUCUCUAUCUCAGAGCCCGAAAUAGAAUUAUCUCAACAACAGCCCCUAGUCUGGAGGUCAGUGAAGUCCAUGUUCAACAGGUCAAGCAGGUCAGCCAAUGCCAACCUUCCCACCUUCCUCCUCCAGAGGUCCGCGCCCCGGACGCGCCCGUGAACGGUUUGGUUAUGCAGUACUGGACACCCGACAACUUUUCGUCUGAGGGUCCUUAGACGGAUGGUAAAGGUCAAACACAAGGGUUACUAGGAUACCAGCAACCCUGGGGUCAACUGGACAAUGAGAUUUCCGCCCUCCGCCCCAACCCCCGCAUGUGUCUCGUGCCUGGCCGCUGAUUUUUUUUUUCCUAAAGGUCUCACUGAAGGGAAAAACAUCGGAAGCCUUCGGAAGCGUGACGUCAGCGACCUUCACACUUCCGUGCCAAGCCAACCUUUGCUUCACUCUUUGAAAGCGGGAAACUUGUUCUGGGGCUUAUUCUACAACUUUUAAAUACUAUGAAUGGCUGCAUAAAGUUAAUUGUGACAGUCAAAAUACCUAAAGGCCUACAACUGAUGACAGGUAAAGGUGAAAUAAAUGAGGGUCCAACACAACACAGACAAUGUUCAACUACAAGUAGCUUACAGUAGACAGCUCCGUGAGCUACGCCUCUGUAUCCUAGUGGUUACCAAAGAAGUCUGAAGAUUGACAGUUGUUAUCUUCGAAACUUGGGGUGGUUUUUUUUUUCUUUUUGCUUUGGGAUGUUUUCGUUCUCUAAUAUGAUCAUUUUUCUGUCAAGCCUUUCAUUAAAACCUGUUGCUUGCCGAGAGAAAUGAUGUAAUCUAGCUGUGUGUAGUCUUAUAUGUUAGUCUUUAAUAUGUUAGAAAAGCAGUUUUGAGUAGGGUUUACAUAUUUCUUUAAAGCGGUUUCUGUAUAAUAAACGUUUAAGGACAACA